CAAAAUUUAUUCCAUGGAAAUUUUCGAUAGACUACGUUCCCCGAAGAGUCAAGAUGAUUCUCGUUUCUUUGCUAUUUGCCAUCGCCGUAGUGAUGCACGCGGAGACAAUCGAUGGAGCGCCUCUCUGGGAUGAUCUCAAUACCAUUUUUUUGCGUCUUUAUACUGGAACGACUAUGGACGAAUAUAUUGAUUAUUGGCUAAAUAAAACUAGCGAAAUCCCAUCAAAAUUAUUCGUCGACAAACCGACUGUACUGUACUUUCAUGGCUUCACCGAAAACGUGCAAAAAACAAGCGUACGCACGAUAGUGAAAGCUUACUUGAAGCGAAACGAUCACAAUGUCUUGGCGGUGGAUUUUGGUAAACUGGUGAACGACACGUAUCCGGAAGCGCUAAUAAAUGCCCCACGCGUUGCGGCCGCUGUAGUGACCGCUCUCGACGAUAUGGUGAAAUCUGGUUUUGAUCCGAAGAAACUGCACGUAGUCGCACAUUCGCUGGGCGCCCAAAUUUCCAGCUACGUCGGUCGAAAAGUCAGCUUUAAGAUUCCCAGAAUUACAGGAUUGGAUCCGGCCGGUCCAGGUUAUAAUAUCCUCCAGAAUCGUCUCUCGGACUCCGAUGCCGACUUCGUGGACAUCAUACACACUGACUUCGCAUUUUACGGCAUCGGAAGAAGCACGGGCUCGGUGGAUUUCUUCCCAAAUGGUGGUGAGCGCAUACAACCUGGUUGCCCGAUGAACUUCACGAUCUUCUCUGACAAAGAAUUUUGCAGUCAUCAUCGUUCCUGGAGAUUCUACGCCGAAUCCUUGCUCAACGAAUCUUCUUUUGUGGGCGUAGAGUGCUCUGAUCUGGAUCAUUUCGUUUCCGGCAAGUGCAAAGACAAAGCACAGAUCAUCAUGGGUUACGGCACUCCGAGUAACGCGCGCGGGAAAGUUUAUUUAACGACAGCCACGCAAAGUCCUUUCGGCUUGAAACUUAGAGGAAUUGAACCUGAUCCCAUUCUGUAAACCAGCUGACUUUACGUUACGUAUUACUUAAGUUACGACUAAGAAUAAGAAAAAAGUAUUCCGCAAAAUUUCACAAACAAUAAAACCAUCAUUGUAAACCAUAUAGUAUUAAACAGCAAGUAGUCUCUGUAACACGUGUAUACCGUCAUGCAAUGUUUAUCACAUAUUAAUGAACAUAGCCGAGCGCAAAGUCUUACUUUACUUCAAUAGUCGCGUAAUUGUCGCUCAUUACAGAGUAUAUCCAGUACCGCGAGACGGAGACGUCUUUAUUAAUCUAAUUUUUUUCUAAAAGCCGUUUCUAAUUGACCCUUACGUUGCAAUUCUUAUCUUUGAAUAUUAUUUAUGCUUUUGACAAAGCAUUAAAGCAUAAAAUUUUUAACUACAGUAUACAUUUGAAAAAAAGUUUUUUUCUUGCGCUCGUAUUCUUUCAGCGACGUGUAAUUAUAGAAUCGAUUGUAAUUAUAAAAGAUAAACGCGUUAUUCGUUUUUUUUAUGAUUGUAUAAUAAGGCAGGCGCUGUAAGUUAAUAACCGUAUGUAAUAAGCUUUCUACAAGUAUUUAUUAUAAUGUCUAUUAGCUCAUUAUAAUGUCUCGACAGUCAGCGGAACUUAUUUAUAUAUGCAUCUAUUGCGGUAAAUGACAAGAAAAAAUGCUUUAUGUGUGAGAAAAAAUGUAUAACGUGAAAUGCGAAAAAAUAGAGACUAC